AUGAGUAUGAGUAUGAGUAUGAGUACGAGUAUGAGCAUGCGGAUGCGUAUUUAUAAGUGCAUGCCCGCACUAAUUACACUCCUACUCCCGGCCACUCCGCACCUCCGCCUGCCAUGGACAAGCACUCGAAAAUUCUUCUUCGCGGCGAGGAGAGAACUCAAGAACAGCAUCUUCAGUCUAAAGAAUAUUGGCUCGCGGGAAAAGACGGGAGCACUGUGGCGCCAUCUCUUAGGAAAUAGGGAAAGGAAAAAACAGAAGAGGAAGGACGAGCAAAAGGAGGAGGAGGAGGAGGAGGAGGAGGAGGAGGAGGAGGAGGAGGAGGAGGAGGAGGAGGAUAAUAAUAAUAAUAAGGAUGAGAAGGAGAAGGUCAAAGAGGUGGAGGAGGGGGAGGAGGGGAAGGAAGAGGAGGAUAAGGAUACAGAGCAUAGUGGGGGAUCCUCCUCACACGCAAAAAGCACGUCAAAGAACCCGCAGCGGCGGACCCGAAAAUCCGAGCAGGACGAUAUGCGGAGGAAAAGACCAAGGACGAAGAAACCGAAUGCGGAAAGAAAAUCACGAAGCCCGAGCGAGCCGAAUGGACCGAAAGACCGAAGCCGAGGACCGAAUGCGGAGGAAAAGACCAAGGACGAAGACCGAAUGCGGAAGGAAAAGAUUGAAGCCGAGGACGAAUAA